AGCAAAGAACGCAGACUGAGUAAUAUAAUACAUAUAUGAUUCGUCCUCGAACUUUACUGUUUUACUACUUAAACUCAUCAGCAUCAACAACCUCACACCGAUGGAUUUCUUCCACAACACAACUCAAUGCCUCCAAAUGGAUGGACAAGAUUAAAGGCGCUUUCACCGGCCAAAAAACCUCCACCGAUGCUGCUGAUAUACCCACCUCUGAAUCAUUCACUCUCCUUCGAUUUGCGGAUGAAUUGGGCAAAGCGAGGAAGUUGGGGACUAUGAAGCAGUACAUAGUAGGGCGAAGUAGUGAAGCUACAUUUGCUGAUGCUUUUGAGAAGCAAGAAGCUAUUCUUCAAUAUCUUGGUGCAUUGGAUCCCACUGGAGAGAAUCUUCAAACAAUUCAAAAGCAAGAGGCGGCAAAACAUUGCAAGUGCACAAUAUCUGAUGUUGAAAAUACAUUGGCAAAGUUUACUUGGGCAAAAGAAGCACAAAAGAAAAUUGAGAAGCUGAAAGAACAAGGGAAGCCAAUGCCUAAGAGCCUGGCUGAGGUUCAAAAGUUGAUGGGUUCAUCCCCGAUGGAUGUUGCACGAUCAAACUUGGCUAAGAGUGGGCAAAUUAGUAGGAAUGCAUUCUGUCCUUGUGGUUCCAAGAAGAGAUACAAAAGGUGUUGCGGGAAGGAUUCAACAACUUAAAGGAGAAACAGGAGAGAUUAAGCCAACAAUUAGCUAACGAUGAGGGGCAAACAUGUCCGAAAGAAGAAUUUUUUUUUUUUCAGUGGGAUGACAUUUUUCUUUUCUGUUAAGUCAACCGAUUUCUGUGACCAAAGCUAUGUUGUGUUUAAUAAUAUCAAUGGAGUAAAAUGUGAUUGUUAAUGCA